CCCAUCGAGCAAAAGAGAGGAAAAAAUCCAAAGACUGUCCCAUUUAUUCCUCCCUCCUUUCUUGCUGACUAUGAACCACAUAGCCUUUGACAGGGUUUUCAACAAACCCCACCACUUCCUGGAAGGCGGAUUUUUUGCUUUUAGGAAGCGCUAAACUGAUAGCAACAUAUCAGUCUUGAACGAGCCCUUUGGUAACCUGUUUUGAUAUUGGGUCAGAACGACGUGCGUUAAGAUGGUGGUGAAUGGGAAGAUGCAGAGUUUUCCCUUUGGAAAAGGAACGACAGGUCGCGGAGACAUGGCGAGCAAGAACCUCCGGUUGCUCUUGUUUCUGGUUCUCUUCUGUUCUCGGAUUCAUCUGAUUUGCUCUACUACAAACCCAAAUGACCUCACCGUUCUUUUAGCCCUGAAAGCCCAGUGGCAGGACACACCGCCCAACUGGGGCAAGUCCAGUGAUCCUUGUGGCCUGCCUUGGGUUGGAGUCACCUGUGACAGUAAUUCAAGAGUGACCGGAUUGGGGUUAUCUAGCAUGAAUAUCAAAGGGCCGCUGCCAGCCGACAUCGGGGGGCUCACAGAACUCACUUCUUUGGAUCUUUCCUUAAACAAGGGUCUCACCGGACCGAUCCCUUCGCAGUUGGGAAGUCUGCAGAAGUUGAAUAUCUUAAUCUUGGCUAAUUGCAGCUUCACCAGUAGUAUUCCUGAUGAACUGGGCAACCUCACGGAGCUGACUUUCCUGGCACUAAAUUCCAACAAUUUUAGCAGUAAUGUACCUGCUUCUUUGGGUAAACUCUCCAAACUCUACUGGUUGGACGUGUCGGAAAAUCAGUUAUAUGGAUCACUACCAGUUUCGACGAACACCACCCCAGGGUUGGACCUUUUGUUCAAUUGCAAUCACUUCCACUUCAGCAAGAACCAACUGUCCGGCACCAUACCAGCUAAACUGUUCAGUUCAAACAUGUCUCUGAUACACAUAUUAUUUGAUGAUAACAAAUUUAAUGGUUCUAUACCGUCCACAGUAGGCCUUGUUCAGACGCUUGAGGCUCUCCGACUCGAUAGGAACUCCUUUUCUGGGAACGUCCCUUCAACUCUCAACAACAUUACACAACUCAGUGAACUGAAUUUAGCAUAUAAUGAAUUGGACGGUCCUUUGCCAAAUUUGACGGGUAUGAAUUUCCUCAGUUACAUUGACCUCAGCAACAACUCUUUUGUGGCUUCGGCAGCUCCAGAUUGGUUCUCAACUUUAUUAUCUCUCACCACUCUAAUCAUACAAUAUGGACUGCUUCAAGGGAUCGUACCACAAAACCUCUUCAGCCUUCCCCAGCUAGAGCAAGUUGAUAUGAGAAAUAAUGCUUUCAAUGGAACGCUGUACAUGGGUACCAGCGUCAGUCCCAAUUUGGAGCUUGUUAAUUUGGAAGAUAACAAGAUUGAAUUGCUGACGACCAGUCCCUACCAGAACAGAUUAAUGCUAAAAGGAACUCCAGCAUGCAAUAAUGCGCCUGUUCUCUCAAUUUUGGGGUACUGCAAAUUUCAGCCGAAACAAGCUUAUUCUACCCCAACCUACUGUGGAGGUGCAUCAUGUCCCUCAGAACAGAAGCUUAAACCUAGAAGUUGCACGUGCGCAGUUCCAUAUGAAGGAAUAAUAACAUUUAGAGCUCCAUCAUUCAGCGAUUUGUCCAAUGCCACUCUGUUUGAAUUGUUGGAAGUAGACCUGUGGCGGACACUGAACCUAACUAAUGGUUCAGUUUCUCUUCAGAAUAUCUUACAUAAUCAAAGCAGUGGAUAUCUUAUAGUACCUGUGUCUUUCUUUCCAUCCAAUGGGACAGAAUUCAGUAGGUCAGACAUUGUGAGAAUCGGAUUCGCUAUGACUAACCAUACGUUUACAUCGCCCCCCAUUUUUGGUACCUAUCUCUUCAGUGCAAAUCCUUAUCCAUUCCCAGCUCACGAAAUAAGAAUCAGCAUCGGUGUCAUAGUAGGGAUUGCCAUUAGCUCCUCAGUCCUGGUUCUUGGACUUGUGUGGUCAGCAAUAUAUGCUAUUAAACAGAAGAAAAGAGCACAAAGAGCAAUGGAAUUGAGCAAACCAUUUGCAUCCUGGAUACCGAGGGAAAGUGAUGGCGGAGGAGCACCGCAGUUGAAGGGGGCAAGGUGGUUCUAUUUCGACGAAAUCAAGAAGUGCACCAAUAGUUUUUCUGAAAGUAAUGAGAUAGGCUCGGGGGGCUAUGGAAGGGUCUACAAAGGAAUGCUUCCUGAUGGCCAAGUGUUGGCAAUCAAGAGAGCUCAGCAGGGGUCGAUGCAGGGCGCACAUGAGUUUAAGACGGAAAUCGAGCUACUUUCUCGAGUCCAUCACAAGAAUCUCGUCGGCCUCGUUGGCUUCUGUUACGAACAAGGAGAGCAGAUGUUGGUCUAUGAAUAUAUGCCUAAUGGGACGCUUAGGGAGAGCUUGUCGGGGAAAACUAGCAUACCUCUUGAUUGGACGAGGAGGCUGCAGGUCGCUCUCGGCUCUGCGAAAGGACUGGCAUAUUUGCACGAACUCGCAAAUCCCCCAAUAAUUCACAGAGAUGUCAAGUCCACGAAUAUUUUGUUGGAUGAAAAUUUGGUGGCUAAAGUUGCGGACUUCGGCUUGUCUAAAAUGGUGGCGGACAGCGAGAAAGGACACGUUUCAACCCAAGUCAAGGGCACACUGGGCUAUUUGGAUCCAGAGUACUACAUGACUCAGUUACUGACGGACAAGAGCGACGUCUACAGUUUCGGGGUCGUGAUGCUUGAACUGAUAACUGCAAAGCCACCGCUCAACAAGGGCAAGUACAUCGUCCGUGAAGUUCGCAUGGCGAUGGACAAAAACGACCAAGACUGCUAUGGACUAAGGCAAGUCAUGGAUCCGUCCCUUCUCAACGUGGGGUGUCUCGCAGGGUUCACAGGGUUCGUGGAGUUAGCAAUGCGAUGUUUAGAGGACUUAUCCAUGAACCGUCCCAGGAUGAAUGAAGUCGUGAAGGAAAUCGAGGUGAUCCUGCAAGCUGAAGGAAUAGCCACAAGCACGACGUCUGCGGCCAGAGACGUCAGAGCAUCACAUUAUGGUGCUCCUACACAUCCUUUUUACACUGAUGUUUCGCUCAGUAGUCAGAAUGUUAGUUACAGCAAUUCGUUCGAUCACAGCAGCGGGUACGCACUUUCGAUGAAGAUCGAACCAAAGUAAAUGUAGAUCGCGCUUAUUUGAAUCAUCAAAUAAGUAUGGUAGUUAGCACGAAUCUGUUCCAUUUUGAGGUGCAGUUCCUUGUUCCUUGUAUAUAAGGAUGAGAAUCAAAUACUAAUUUUGUACAGCUGAUCGAUACACAAGAUUCCAGUAAUAUUGGGUAUUUUA